CGUCAUAUCUUAGAUGGGUACCACGCAUGCGCAGUAACGUCUGGUCUGCCCUCGUCGAAAUUGAGCCAAUCGCAACGCACGACCGCAGCUUCAGUUACACUGCGCAUGCGUUGUACGCCGAGAUCGAUGUCCUCCCGUGACCUAACCUCCUUUAAUAGGCCUUGUGUAUUAACCGGAAGCGUUAGCAGCGGCUAGCAGCGGCCAGCCGCCCAGCGGGUCACAUUCCUUCAGUGUGUAAUAACGCAUCUGUGUCACGGGGCUGUGAAACGGUAGAGAGCAGCGAGUCUACACGGUAAACUGGUCCGUUAAACUGACAUGGCUGUCCGGUCUGGAGAUGAAGACCUGUUUGACAGCAUCCUUCUGGAGGAUGAAAGAUUCCGAGGGGAGGGCUACCGGGAGGGAUGGGAGAAAGGGAUCCGCCGAGGACUAGAGGAUGGCCGCAGACACGGAGCCUCUCAUGGGGCCAAGCUGUCCACUGAGAUUUCCUUCUAUUAUGGUUUCGCCAUCACAUGGAAAUGUCUCCUCCAACACGGUGCAGAUGUCAAAUCAAGAAAGCGUCUGAAAGUCCUGGAGACUCUCCUGGGUUUGAUCCAAACCUCCCCUCAUGAGGAUCCGCAGUCUUUAAAGCUAAAGGAGCACAUGGAGAAACUCCGUGCCAAGUUCAGACAGGUCUGCUCUAUGCUGACUGUUCCCGCCGACUUCAAUGCUUACAUCAAAACUCCUGAGGGGACUUCUUUCUGAAUCCCUCCUGAUGAGGAGGCGCGUCCUGGUUUUCUGCAGUGAUUGGUCUGCACCUGGAUUCCUUCCAGGGUUCCAGAGUGUGGAACUGUGACCGUGUCAGUUCGACCAGUCAUCUUUGAGAGAAGUCUUUGCCUUCACAUUCUGGUGGAAAGGGCUGACAUGAAGGCAAGUCCCACGUCCUCAUUAAACUGGAAAAUCUGAGGAGAUGACUGCAGUCGCUGUUGAGCUUGCAGAGUCGGGAACGGAGUCCCAGUAAGACUCCACAAGAGAGAGAUUGGUGUGUUUCUUCUCCUCUGACUGUGGGAAAUGAGUGGAUUUAUUGCAGUGAUGUUUAAGCAACUGAAUUGAAAAUCAAGAAUGUAAUAAACUGAACAGAAAACAAAGACACAAAAUCACA